AUGGCUCAGGUCGAAACAUUAAAAAACAAACGCACAGCUCUGAAGAUGAGAAUCACUAAGUGUAACAAUUGGAUCCAAGCAAAGGGCAGAGAUGCAAUGGUGGAACUCAUAGAGGAAAAAUUGAAAACUAUUCGAGAAAAGUUUGCUGAAUGGGAACAAAGCAACGACACCCUCCUCGAGCUAGACCUGGACCACGCAACCGUAAAUCUAGAAGAAACCGAGACCAUUGAAGAUGCUUAUCACAACGCAGUAGCAUCAUUGAAACAUUUGAUGAACACCAAGAAUCAGCUCCCUUCAUCAGCACCCAUCUCUCAACAGACACCCACUCUUGGAGCUAGCUAUCCUCCCCAAUUUAACAUGAAAUUGCCUGAAUUAACUCUUGACAAAUUUGAUGGCAGUUUCGACAAGUAUCGACCAUUCCGAGAUCAAUUUAAUGCUCGUCUCCCAAGUAGCGUUGGAAAGGUUAUCCGACUUCAGUAUCUUCAAUCGCUAGUGAUUGGAGAAGCUCAACAAGUGAUCGAAGCAUUGGAGAUCACUGAGCACAACUACGAAGUAGCCUGGGAUCUCCUGGACAAAAAAUACAACGUCCCCAGGCAAGCUCUCCGACGCCAUUGUACUCUACUUCUUAACGUAGGAAAGAGGAACAGGGAGAGCAACAAAUCCCUCACAGACUUAGUGAAUUUUGUGCGCCAGCAAUUACGAUUGAUCAAUGCCUUCGGCAGCCCAGAAGAGCAGCUAAAUGGCCUGAUCAGCACCAUUAUCCUCAAUCAGCUGGAUGAUGACCUCGUGUUCCAAUGGGAAACACAUAUCGAAGGCAAUGACAUGCCGAAGUACGAGCUACUCCUCGACUUCCUCGAAAAACGUGGAAUCUGUGCCAAAAGCAGUACAGAAUCUUCAAGAAAUAACAAACAGAAGAGUGAUCCACUAAACAGAAACCCCGCACAAAAGGGCUCAACAUUCAAACAUCAAGGUAAUCCUUCAUUCAGUCACUCAAAUCCCAAAGCACAAACCUUCUUCUCCAACAUCAUCAAAAAAUGUCCAGUCUGUACUGAAGAGCACAGAAUUUAUGAAUGUCCUAAAUUCAUGGAGAUGGACAUCGAAAAGCGUAAGAAGGUGAUUUUCAAUCAAGGCCGUUGUCUCAACUGCUUUGCCAAAGGACACGGAGUCAAAGAAUGUAAGUCGAAGUAUUUCUGCAAGACGUGUAACGAUCCCGAAGCCAAGCACCACUCAUUACUCCACUACAUCAAGGAAUCUCCACCAACACCAAGCACUACCAGACAAGACAUCCUGCCCACAGCAAUCAUCAACAUUCUCAACAAGAACCGUCAACCAGUACCAUGUCGUGCCCUCAUCGACACUGGAUCCACAAGAAACUUCAUCACUCAGGAAUUGGCAGCUGAGCUUGGCAUCACCAAGAUAACUUGCUCCAUUCCAAUCGGAGCGCUGGAUCAACUCUCAACAAUCGUAAGCCACAAAAUCAACACUACAAUCACCUCUCGUUUAAAUAAAUUCAAAAAAGAAUUGAGUUUCUUAAUCAUACCAAGAAUCUCAUCUCUCAUACCCAAUGAGCAAAUUGAUAGAGACUUGCUAGACAUUCCCAAGAAUCUGCCCCUCGCAGACCUGAACUUCCACAAGCCUGCUCCAAUCCAGGUCUUGUUGGGGUCCAGUACCUCAAUCUCUGUUCUCAGUAUAGGACAAAUUAAGCUCCCCAACGCAGCCGACGUUCAUCUUCAGAAAACUCUAUUCGGCUGGAUUGUCUGUGGCAGUAUGAGUGACGAGUCCGACCACGAUCAAGCAAAAUGUCAUUUCACCAAAAUAAUUGAUGAAUUCAAAAGAUUUUGGGAAAUUGAGGACAUUGGGCUCAGGGAGAGCCAUCAAUCAGAAGAAGAAGCAGCCUGCCAGCUUCAUUUUAAGCAACACGUAUCACGCAAUUCCGAGGGUCGGUAUGUGGUGGCCCUUCCCUUCAAUGAGAAAAAGGCUCAACUCGGCACCUCAUUAUUCCAGGCGAAACGUCGCCUUCUCUCACUAGAGCGAAAAUUCCAAUGGAACCCCAAGCUAGCAGAAGAGUACACCAAGGUUAUCAACGAGUACAUUGACCUUGGCCACAUGAAGAAGGUUAAUGCAGAGCUAGAAGAUGGCUUCUACCUGCCCCACCAUGCGGUCAUCAAGGAGACCAGCCUCACCACAAAGACUAGAGUUGUCUUCGAUGGAUCAGCUCGCUCCAGUACUGGUCUGUCUCUCAAUGAUGCCCUGAUGGUUGGUCCAACCAUCCAGGACGAUAUUCUAUCCCUAGUGCUACGAUUCAGGCUCCACAAUUACAUACUCACUGGUGACAUCGAGAAGAUGUAUCGCCAGGUUCUUGUGAGACCUGAAGAUAGGAAAUAUCAACGUAUUCUCUGGCGAGAGAAAGACAAAAUCAACACAUAUGAGUUGCAGACAGUGACGUUUGGACUCUCCUCUGCCCCAUUCUUAGCAGUCAGAUGCCUACACCAGUUGGCUAAUGAUGAAUACGAAAGGUACCCAGUAGCAGCUGAACGACUAAAACGAGAUCUCUAUGUAGAUGAUCUUCUCACGGGGACCGCUACACUUGAAGAAGCCCUACAUCUCAGAGAUGACAUCAUGAACCUACUCAAAGAAGGCGGUUUCAACUUACGACAGUGCGCCUCCAACACCCCAGACAUUCUACAAGGUCUACCAAAGUCAACCGUCAACCUUCAAUUACUCGGCGGAGAUGAUCCUACCCUCAAAACCCUAGGAAUCCAUUGGGAUUCGCAAAAUGAUAGUAUUGUGUAUACUGUCAACCCCAUCGCCACUCGGGACGUCAUCACCAUGAGGACCAUUGCAUCAGACGUUGCAAGAAUCUUCGAUCCACUUGGAUUAUUAAAUCCAGUGGUAACAUACGCCAAAAUCAUACAACAAGAGCUCUGGAGACUCAAAUUGAAUUGGGAUGAUUCUACACCGACAGAAAUUCAUACAAAAUGGAAUGAGUUUGCAUCACAACUUCCUCUACUCAACAAAAUGCAGUUUAAACGACAAGUUACAUCGAAUCUCAAACAUGUAGAAGUGCACGGUUUCUGCGAUGCCAGUCAAAGCAAUCACACCAUCCCUCGCCUGGAACUCUGUGCGAUGGAACUCCUCUCUAACCUGUAUGCCACAGUGAAAAAAGCAACGGACCUCACACCACAUCGAGAAGUUUUUUGGUCAGACUCUACUGUCGCUCUCCACUGGAUAAGAACAUCUCCUCACCUCCUUCAACGAUUCGUGGCUAACAGGGUGUCUCGAAUCCAAGAUCUUACCAAGAACAUAGAGUGGAGACAUGUACGCACAUAUGAUAAUCCCGCAGAUGCAGUAUCCAGGGGUGAACUUGCUUCUGACUUCUUGAAGAAUCAUCUCUGGCUGCAUGGUCCUAGCUGGCUUCAUGAUCCUGAAGAGUAUUGGCCUCAUCUUCUGAUAGAAAAACCUUCGGAAUUACCCGAACUUCGAAAGGUUACUUGUCUUCAUGUCACUGAACACGCCAGCAAUCUCUUUCUACGUAGAUAUUCGUCAUUUGAAAGGCUUAAACGAAUCACUGGAUGGUGCUUAAGGUGGCGCAAGAGGUCUUCCCAUAAAUAUCUCACUCUCUCCGAACUUAAAGCAGCCGAAACUAAACUUCUCCAACUGGUACAAGAAGAAGUCUUCUCCACAGAACUCUCACUCAUUCGACAAGGAAAACCUCUUUCAUCAAAAAAUCGCUUAAAAAACCUCAGUUUGAAACUCGAUGACAACGGACUCAUUCGAGUUGGUGGUCGGCUAAGAAAGGCUCGUAAUUUUCCCCUAGAUAGCAAACAUCCCAUAUUGCUACCAAAGGGACAUUACAUCACUCACCUCCUCAUCAAGAAAGCUCAUUUGGCUAAUCUUCACCCAGGCAUCCAGACAACUCUCCAUCUACUCAGGCAGCGAUACUGGCCCAUUAAUGGGCGCAGUCAAGUACGAUUUAUCAUUCACAAGUGUGUCAACUGUGCCAAGGUAGAUCCACCUUCAAUCAACUACCCUAUGGCAGAUCUCCCAAGUAUACGCAUCACACAAGCAAACCCUUUCACUCACACUGGUGUGGACUAUUGUGGUCCCUUCCUCAUCAAAGAACGAAGAUACCUACACAUCGAACUGGUUGAUGACUUGACCAGUGAAGAGUUUUUGGCUACACUCAGCCGAUUCAUCUCCCGACAUCCCUCCUGCAAGGCUCUAUACUCAGAUAAUGCAACUACAUUCAUCGGUGCAAACAAAGAGUUGAAGGAACUCUACGCACUUCUCAACGACGAAAAGCACGGUGAGUUCAUCAAUCGAAAGUUGAACGAACAAGGCAUAGAAUGGAAUUUCAUCCCCCCUGCAUCUCCUCAUUGCGGUGGCAUCUGGGAAGCCGCCGUGAAGUCUUGUAAGCAACAUAUGAAAAGAGUUAUUGGAAAUGAAUUGUUAACCUAUCAACAGUUCAAUACUCUCUGCAUCAAAAUUGAGGGAAUCCUCAAUUCAAGACCAUUGACUCCAUUAUCAUCCGAUCCAAACGAUUUCAAUGCUCUCACGCCUGCUCACUUCCUGCAUGGACACAUCACCACUGAUCUCCCUGCACCUGACUGGACAGAGGUCCCUAGCAAUCGUCUCUCUUACUGGAAGCACCUUGAGAAGCUUAAGCAACAUUUCUGGAAUCGGUGGCAUAAGGAGUACCUCUCCGAACUCAACAUCCGUCAUAAGUGGACUUCAGGACACCAUGACAUUGGCGUUGGAGCAUUGGUGCUCUUGCGCGACGACAAUUUACCCCCUCUGAAAUGGCGCAUGGGCCGUGUCAUUAAAAUCUACCCAUCAGACGAUGGUAUCACCAGGAAGGCUAGGCUGCGGACAUCUACUGGAGAAGUAGAUCGAAAUCUUCGACGCUUGGCACCACUACCUGUGGACUCCAGCAUCUCCAAGGAAUAA